AUGGAAGACCCUGUUCCUCUCUCUCACGAGAUUAUAUCAGAGGGGCUCACCAGGUUGGAGCGUACGGUCGACGGCAGCGGCUAUGCCUUUAUCCGCCUAGACUGUUCCGAAAGAGGGCUUACAGAUAUCACAGAUGAGAUUGACGAGCUGAAGCACCUCCGGCAAGUGAUACUGAAGUCCAAUCAUAUAGGAGAUGCAUCCAAGCUGUCGGUCCUGCCUCAUCUGUUGUCAUUGGACCUCAGUCACAACAAGCUCACCGCUAUGGAUGGGCUCUUCCAACCCGGAUGUCUACAAUGGUGCCAAUACAUCGACAUCUCCCACAACUCCAUCAUAUCGAUCUGCCCUAUAGCCGCUAUGCCCAGACUCAGAGUUCUUAGGUUGAACGCUAAUAACGUCGAGGAUGCCAGCCGGAUUUCGGCCGAUGGCCACCCUGCUCUGGAAGAACUCGAUCUGAGCGAGAACUCACUCAAGACUUUGGAUGGCCUCAACAAUAUGCCUAAACUCAAGUUUCUGAAAGUCUCGUCCAAUCAGCUCACUCACAUAGGGGAGAAAGCUCUUCUUGGGCUCGACGAUUUAGAACUGCUUGACUUGCAUGAUGGUAAUACUCUGUUGACGAUCACUGGCAAGCCCAUUGAGAAGGCCGAACACGAGGGCGAGGUUGAGGAGGAACAACCACAGGAAGAACAAGAAGAAAUACCUCCGCCAUCACCAAGAAGUCUGCCCAAGUUCCCAUCGCUCCCUUCGCUGAAGACUCUCAAUUUAAGCUCUACCCAGUUUGGUGCUGACAGAGCGACUCAGAUCCUAGCUGAGAUCUUCACGACUACUGAUGGCCAUCGUGCUUUACCUAAGCUGACAGAUAUAGAUCUAAGCGAUACCCCAGCACUCACUGCUAUGGGUGAUGACGUGAAGGCCGAGCUCAUACUGGCACUACCCAAGACAUUGCGAAUUGUCAAUGGAGAGGUACUCACUCUCGACGACUUGAAAGCUUCCGAGGACCUUCACCUAGCCAGAGUUGCCGAGCAGGAAGAGAAGGAACGUCUAGAGGCGGAGGCGAGAGCUGCUGCGGAAGCAGCUGAUGGCGAUCAGGAAGAGUAA